UUUUCGUCAUGCGGUUGUCUAGCGUACCUACUAUCGUAAAAUCGUAAUGGAAAAAUCUUACUGAAAUAUCGAAAUACGGACGUAAUCCUCAAUGAAAGGGAAUAAUAUAACAAAGUUUCUUGUGUCUUUUACUGGUCAGAUAGAAUAUGUUUUGUUUCCGGCAGGUGUUUUUGACAACCAUCUGUACAUUCAAUACGAAGUUGUAUGGGGCCCAGAUUGGGAGCCGGUCGCAGGACUCACCACAGGGACUAGCCAGAUGGCUUCCUCUGGCAGUGAUCCUGAACGAGUAGUUUUUAAUAUGCCCAUAGAUAUAGUCUUUGGAAGCACCAAUAUAUUUGGUUGGCCUCAAAUGAUAAUAACUGUGAGAGCCCACAAUACGAUUAGUGGGGACUCUCUGCGCGGAUAUGCUGUUGUCCUGAUGCCCCCAGCCCCGGGGCUCCGGGUCACUACGGCCCCGUUGGUCAGGCCUCUAGCAGCCACGAUGCUCGGCGAGUGGUUGUCGUGGCUCACUGGGAGGUGUCCGGAGCUGGCUGACCCGAAAAUGCUUGCGAGCGGGAAGGAAAACUAUUUAUUAAGAACAGAAUCGUAUGGCAGUGUUACAGUAAAUAUGUCGAUGAUAUCUAAGGAUCUGAGAAAACUGGGAUACGACAACGAACCGCCUCCUUACAGAGGUGACGUCAACACAGGAUAGAAGAAAACAAGAACAAACAUAACGAUUGUAGGGAGUAAUAUUGAUAAUAAAAUAAUUAUUAAUAAGUUAUCUCUUUCAUCUGAGCGUUUUUGCUGCCGGUGAGCUACGGAGACAGGAUCUGCUUUCCAACAUUUUCUCAUCCAGUUUGCAUGGUCUUUACGGCCUAAGGUUGUCAGACCAUUGGCGCGCAUAACGUCGUUGACGACAUCAAGCCAGAACUUCUUGGGUUUGCCCCUUCUGCCAGGGCCAGGGCACAGAUUAAAUAAUACCCCAGUAGCCAGGGGGAAGCGGCAUAGCCAAACAUUCGUUCUCUAUGACGUUAUUGACGGUAUUGAAUGUGAGUUUUUUUAUAAAUUACAACAUUGAAUGCGUUAAAUCGUAAUUAGAUUGUAAAUAAAGUAUUUUAAUUACAUUGUAGCAGCAUAGGUUUCUCGCUUACGGCAAUUGUUAACCAUUAAUAUAAAAAUACUAGUAGUAGUAGUAGGUAUGUAUUUUUAUAUUUAUGGUUGACAAUUACUAUAUGUCAUUUCAGUAUUGGGUCAUAUUGAAAUACAUUCUACAUUAAUAUUACUUAUACUUUCUCAUAUAUUUUCAUGUAAGUUAAUUGUGUUUAAUCAGCACUCGGAUCACAAUCAUAACCUGUUUUGAUAUACCUUUUGACUAUGUACAUUAUGUACUUUUAUAUAUUAUUAGAAAGAAAAAAAAAACAUUGUAAGAAACAAUAAUGGUAAGCCGAUCUGGCAUGAUAGGGACCAACACUGUUCAAAUGAGUUUCUUUCGGCAUUUCUUCUCAGCAGUGGUCGUUCCGAAAUGCCAGUAGUUUGUAGCUUGUGAGAAAUAACUAUAAAUAUAAAGAUUGACGAGAAAAAGUGCCUGUGAAGGUCUAAUUUCUGAAUAAAUGAUUUGAAUUUUAAUUUGAAUUAUACAAGAACAACAAAAUGAGAACAAAGCAAACAAAAUCAUUAUGUAUUACUUAUUUGUAAUCAUAUCUUAAAUUCUUAUUCGCUCGCUCGACUCAUCUUUGAUUCAAAUUUUUCCUUGUAUUUUUGAGGAAACAGUUUUCAUAUUAGAUAAACGGUCUCAUUUAUCUGUAAAGUAGCUACCGGUAAAGUUAUGUAGGUAUAUAGAAUUCUAGUACAAGUUCAUUGGAUAUUUGGCAACUAUUAACAUUGCCAUUUUGAUAUUAGGAUAACCCAUAACUGGUAAGCGUGUAUGAAAAGAUUGAUGAGUAUACAGAGAUUUUUUUAAGGAGAUAUUAUGGCCUUAAGUUACCUGAAAUAAAAUUAUUUUAUGUACCUUUCUAAUGGUGAAUGAAUUUUUGAAAUCGGUUUGGUAGUUUCGGUGAUUAGGUACCCGCCUCAAACAUACAAACUCACAAACGCUUACCUCUUUAAUAAUAAUAGUAAGUAUAGAUAUGUAUGGAGGCUUUUUUGUUUAUAUGUAAAGAAAACCUUUAUGGUUAUAAGAUUUUCUUUAAUUUAAAAAUUGUACUGACACUGUCAGAUAUACAUGUCAUGAAGGAGAAUCUGAAUUUAUUUUUGUUAGAUUAUAUAUUAUUGUUACAAAUUAGUUAAACAAUCUUUGGAAUUAUUGUUACAAAUUAGUUAAACAAUCUUUGGAAUAGGUUAAUGUUGUUUCUUGAUUUUUCACAGAAACAUGCGGUUUUAUUCCAAUAAAUCCUAGACCGAGGAGAUUAUCAUUAUAUAUAUAAUAGUGUAUCCUAUGUUGUUAUUAUUUGAGUAUAAAUGACUUUAGUUUAAAAACAACUAAGCGAAUCUGUAUCAAAUGUGACUUCAUUUAAGUUGUAUUUCAUGGUCCACGCAAAUACAUGCGUACAUUGUAUACAAAGACAGUGGCGUAUUAUAAAUUAUUUUGUUUUUAAAUCUGUUACAAAUCGAAGCGUAGCCACGACCGAAUACGUGAAUAAUAAUGUAUAGGUGUCUAUUAUGAAUGCCUUCAUAUUUUUGAGGCAAGGUCAAAGAAAAACUCUAGAUGGGUUUACGCCCAUUAUUUUCCCAACUUAUACCCAAAAAGUCAAUCCCGAACUCAUCCCAUCUAAUAAAUAAAACGAAAAUCCCUUUAAUCUACUACCACUUCACACGUAAGUACCAAUCUACAUUGUUAGAAACAAUUUUUUCUCGAAAGUUCAAUCACUUCUUUCAUGUCGUCAUUAAUUUUGAACUUUCAUCUUAUUUUUGAUAAUUAUAAUGUCUCAGAAAUCCAUAUAUAUUAGUUUACUAUUAUUAUGCCUUUAAUCUGAAGUAUAAUUACGAAUAAUAUAUGUACUCAGCGGUAAUAUUGGCCAAAUAAAUUGAUAAGUGGAAUGUCGCCCUUAUAAUGUCGAAUAAACUAAUUUUAUAA